CCCAGGACUACGGUCCGACUCGCCCUCUAAAGCUACACCCAAAGCCUGUUUUGAUCCGAGGGUGGCGCGUCACGCCAAAGCAGAUACUCCUUCACAUCCGUCCGACUCUCCGCCAACAUCGACGACUUAUGAAUCGGCGGUCUCAUCUACGCCUGUGAAGACGCAUAUAUCGUUCGCCGCGGUAGAUCCUUUCACGCCACGGAGUAUUGAGAACCUGCGAGCCGAGGUGGAUACUCUCACAUCAAUGAAGUUCAGGGACGACCUCGCGUCGACAAAACCCAGGGACGCGCCGGCUAUCUCUUUGUUGAAUCCUGUGAAUGUGAAUGUCAGCGUGAUUGACGAAAGUUUUGAUACGGAUGGAGCUGCAGGGCGUCUGUUGAUGUAUGGGAGCACGCUUGCAGGUUUUGAAAACGUUGCAACAACUUCAUCCAUUCCUCCACGCCAAGAAAGGUUGACAUUCUCAAAGCAUUUUCCUCAGAAAAAUGUUACUGUCACACGCGAAGUUUCCCCCAUACGGGCGGCGGCGAAGCGGCGGGCAUCCACGACAGACGACAGACCACCAAAGCGCGAGAAGAGACCUCAACCGAAAGCGAAACCUCCCGUCAUCACAAAGCCGACAUCUUCGCGCAGCAAGGCCUCGACCAGCUCAUCAAAGCCUCGCCCACAGCCACCUCCCUCACGACAACCAACUACGACUACAGCCUCCCUGGGUCCGUCGCGCUCACGCUCCACCUCAGCGCGUAGCCAAAACGAGUCUAGUUUGUCGGCCGAAGCAUCUGGGAUAUCCAAGUGUGAGGUACAUGUCGAUCUUCGAUCAGUUUCACGUGGGAUUUUUUUUUUUUCGUUUCCCUUUGUCUGGAGUUAAUGAGGAGUUUAUUGUUGACUGUUGGUAUUUUCUAGACCCCGUCUGUAAAUGCCCAACCGACCGCGAGUACGAACAAGACAUUGUCGUCAUCUUCGCGACGCUAUC